AUGCCUGUAAUCGACGGUGAGAAGUGGGCUUGCUCGUCCUGCAUAAAGGGUCAUCGAGUAAGCGGCUGUAACCAUACUGUUGCACCAGCUAACGUUGUGUUUGAAGAUCGCGAUCUGCAUCACAUCAACCCCAAGGGCCGUCCUGUAAAGCAAUGCGAGCACUGCCGCGGUGCGCGCAAGUCCAAGUCGCAUCAUGCCAAAUGCGACUGCGGCGACAAGAAGGACAAAGACUCGCACAAGGACAAAGGCGACGCCAAGACUCAUGACAACCGUUGCCAGUGCCACACGGGCGCCAAGUGCAUGUGCGGCACCAAAAAGGACGACCUGGACCUCAAGGUCGACACGUCUCGCCAGACGCUCCAUGACACGCGCGCUAAGCCCAAACUCACCGGCACCCAUUCGGAAAGCCAUCUGACUGUAUUUGCCAACGGACACCACAAGCCCUGCCAUCGCAACAACAACAGUGCCCACAUAUCGGGCAUGCCGUACAAGAUCCCACGCCCCCACACGCUCCAUGGCCAUUCCUCCUUUUCGGCCCUCGGGCAGGACAAGACGUCUCGCCCCAAGCCAGAAGUGCCCACAACACGCUCGCUCGACACAUUAUCGCUCUCCAACAACGAGUACCACACCAUGUUUGGCUCGACGCAGCGGUCCAUGGACAAGGUUAUGGCGCCAAGCGCGAGCAGCAGCCUGGAUGCCUUCAACGACAUGUUUACCAGCCCGUCGGGCAUGUUCAACCAGGGCGGAGACUCUCCCAACAGCAAUGUCAGCGACACAUUUUCGAAUCAGCAGUGGCCGUGGAUGGCGAGUGCGGUAACGCCCGUCAGCGGGCCGUAUGGAAUGGGCAGCCUGUCGACAUCGCCUUCGCAAGACGGCCUCCCGCACCUGGACAGGGAGUGGGCAGCGUCGUCUGCCGGCUUUGACCCGAUCUGGUCGGCGACGGACCUUCCGCUGGAUCCAAGCAAGUUCAACGACGACAUGGCACAGCCGCUGUCGCACAGUGGCGAGUCGAAGCAGAGCGGACCGGGGCUGACGGUUGCGUCGUCUUCGCACUCUGAGAUUGGCGAGGUCGGGCUGUUUGGCGAGGUCGAGUUCAAGGGGCCUCAGUCGGCGGCUAGCGAGUCGCUCUUCUGGGAAGACACUCCGGCGUAUCGGUUCAACACGUCCAUGGCGGGUGAGGCGGUCAAUGCGGCGGUGCCGAUGGCGGUGACAUCUGCGCCCAUGUCGAGUAUGCUUGGCUACGAGGCCAUGUACGCCAAGAGCAUGAGUGCUGCGCCUGGCAGCAUGACGGGUACGGGGUCGAGUGAGUUUGGCGAGGGCAGUGCCAUGUCGAUGGGCAACCACUACGAAGAGGUGGUGCCCAUGGACCCGUGGCCGCUCGAUCACAGCAGCGGCGGGUUCAACGCGAUGAACCACUUUGACAUGUCUUGCUACGCCAACAACAGUUGGUACUAGCGGGCUACUGCUCGCUUUGAUGACGCCAUGACUGAUGACGGUGCCGGUGGGCGACGAUAGCCACGCCUCGGCCAUGUCGAUUCCUAAACGUUUGUUUGGACCUUGGGUUCACUUGUGUAUACUUUGAUAACCGGCCCGCAGCCCUAGCUUUGUUUUGUGCAGGGGGAAGGAAAAGGGUGUUGGAUGGACGACGACGACAACAACAACAACAGCAACAACAGCCGCAGCCAGCACGCAAGCAUACGUAUAUACUCUGGGGGUUGUUCUUUCAUUUUCUUUUAUUUUUCUUAAACUCUACUUGGUGGGUGGCAGUAUUUCGCUAUGAUUGGAUUGGCAAAACUUUUUUUUAUUUUAUUUUAUCCUGUACUGUUUUGCUGCAAA